GAUUUACGGCGCGCGUUUUUCUCUUCUCCGGCCCCGACCUCGGCGGCAAAAUCUCGCCGAGGCAUCGGAGAGAUCUACUUUGCUCGGACACACGGCGGCGAAGGAAGGAUGAGGCGUAAGUCGCCUCGGCGCCAACUGGGUCCGGCGAACAACAACAUUUCACUGAUCCGCCGCCCGAAAUGACAGAGCCGUCUCCAGCAAGGAGCGGGGUGGCACCGUCUCCGAGCGGAGCUGGAUAACCACCGACCUGAUGAUGGAGAACCGGACCUGCAACCCGGCAUCCUUCAGCGACAGCAUCGUCUGGGUCUCCAGCAUCCAGUGCAUCUGCGCCUUCAUCGCUCUCGUCGGAAACUCCCUAGUCAUCAUAUCCGUAUGGAAGUUCGCGCGCCUCCGAACGGUCACCAACUACUUCGUGGUGAGCCUCGCGGCGGCAGACCUCCUCGUGGCCCUGAACGUUCCCUUCUACGACUCCUUCUACUUCUUGAGCGACAUGGCGUGCCACAGAAACCUGUGCCUCCUCCGCUACCUCUUCGCCAACUACGCGUCAUCGUGCUCCGCCUUCAGCCUCGUGGGUGUCGCCGUGGACCGCUACGUGUCCAUCGUCCAUGGCAUGUCCUACUACCGGCUGAUGCGCUACAGGCUGGCCGUGGGUUACAUAGUGUCCAUGUGGCUGUUCUUGCUCUUCUUCGCUCUGCUUCCUUGCAUGGGUUUCGGGGCCAACGCCAAUUAUCCGUUCGAGUUCAAGGUUGUUGUGUGCGAUCUCGCCUAUGUGUACUCGCAGGAGUUCAUCCUCAUCUUGGGCGGAGUGUUCUGGUCCUGCACCCUGGUCACUCUUAGCCUGUACUUCUUCGUCUUUAGGGCCGCCUGGAAGCAGCUUAAGGCCAUCGCGGCGGCUGGCGACGUGCAUCAUCGCGUCAGGCAGGAGGCGAGGACGGCGUGUACCAUGGCCCUAGUGCUGACCGUCUGUAUACUCGGAUACGUGCCGUAUUUUGUGAUCGUGAGUCUGCCGUUCAUGAUGCAGGAUAGCACCACGAUCACGCUCGACGUGAAACCGUACGUGAUCUGUCUCUACUUUGGCAAGUCGGCGCUAAACCCCGUCAUUUACGGCUGGAAAGCGAAAGAUUUUCGAGCCGCCUUUCGCGAAGUCAUUUUUAGCAAGAAGUUGAAUGAUGCCUCUCACUCUUAGGUAACAGUGGUAAUCACGCUUGCCGAUACAUGGGUUGCACUGACGUCGCAUCAGCGGCCAUUAUGGUGACUUUGUACAUUCUGCAGCAGGCAUUUUGCGCAGUCGAAUUUUUUUUUUCAAGGCAAAAACAAGUGGGAAUGAGCACCAGCAGAAUGCGAUGACGUCAGGUGCACGCCUAUGUAGGGAGUGUUCACUGGCGGCCAUUGCUGUGUACGUGACAGUUGAGCUCUUGCUCAUGGCGAGCUUGCACAGUUCUUUGGCAAUGUGCAUUCCACACCAUCAAGGUUGACGGUAUUCGCAGCCUAUUAAUUGGAGUUCGUUCUGAGAAUGCGAGCUCUGAACAGCGGACUCAAACAUGGUGGUCAAAACUCUAGUGCUUGCCUGAUAAAGCCACGCGCUUCCACGUUAAACACUAGUAUGAUUACCACUGAGGGGAGGUGCGUAAAACUUAAGCGGAAUAAAUAAGCUUGUUUGGAACGAACACGCAUCGGCUUAGGCGGAGGCGCGUUUGGGUCAUUUAUUUGAGAGUGCUGAACUUUCAGGUGUCGAUCACGUGCACAGAGGACAUGAUAAGGAAGAAUUAGGCAAACCAUAAGCUGAAAUUUAUAAAUUUCGCGAACGUUAGGCUGAGUUUAGUAAUAUAGGAUCAACUCAUCACACAUCGUUUUCGUAAAGGUGCGUUUCCACCGCCAGAAAUUUGGGAAUAGAUUUUAGCUUAUUCUUUCCCGAAAUGUGGGCAUUUAUGAUUCAUAGUACUUGUGACUGCAAACGUGUGUUGAUGAAACGUCGCGAGUAUGGAAACACAACCCGCGGAAGAGAAAAGCAGACGUACAGGAAGAGGCUUUCGUGUACACAAAUAUUUCACUUCCAAACUCAAAUUAAAAGUUACGUUACGUUUUUUUUUUUCGUUUUGAAGGCUUUGCGCAUGGUGUUUAUAACAUGCACGAACCGAUAGUAUCAUAUGUUUUGUUACUGCAAUAAGAAAUAUGACAACUUUAUUGAUAUCAAUUUUUACCCUCAAACCAGUUUUUCUUUCUUUUUGGGGGAAAAUUUAUUUUGCCUGCUUUUAGCGAUGAGAGGGAGAGAGAUAGAAGUGUUGAAAAGAAAGGAAGUCUGGAAUUUCUUUUAGCGAUGAACCAAUUAUUAAGGUGCGUUAUACGCCAACCUCUCUCCUGGUGAUACUGCGCGCGCUGUAGGAGUGGCUGCUACUGCGUUCGUUCUACACUUGAUUUGCCGUCGGAUGUAGACUCCCUCAAUGUUGUUUCGUGCUGUGAACGUAAAAUGUUUACAAGAAAUGUCUCUGUUUUUUCCCCGGGAAUUCUAAUGUCAUUUAGCCUAAUGUCCUUUCAGCAAGCGAAAAAUGAGCUUUGAAGAUGUGGGAGCUGGUUCACCGAUUGCCUUUUUUGACAUUUGCCCGACUGACGUUUUGAGAGGAGCGAAAGCGUGCCGGCGUGCUGGCUUAUGCCGAAGUCCCCCUAGAGCGACACAGGAGAAACAACCGACACCCACAGGCCUCACGUCCGCGCAACAGCACGCACGGGAAGGUAUCUUUGGCAGGCUUGCAAUCACUCUUGCUUAGCUCACAAGCACCUUGAGACGGCAAGCCUGCCGAAGGUACCGUAUAGCGUGUCCGCUGCGAGUGUUUGAGACUCGUCGGUGUCGGUUUGUUUCUGUUUGUAGCUCUAGUGGGACUCGGACAUUAGGAAACACCAUAAUCUAAACAUUGAGACAAGACGUAAGAUAGCACAAAAGGCGGCGCAAAAUAUAAAACACAGCUGAGUUUAUUCGCAGGGGAACAACGUUUCAUAGCCGUCCAUACAGACAGGAAAGAGGGUAGGAGAGCCGAACGAUGCCCAUCUUCCGUAAUGCUGCCUGAAAUGUCAUUUGUCGCGCUCAUGUUUCUUGGCAUAUCAUUAUGCAUUUUGUUCCCACAUUCAUUGACAUAUACUCGUGUUUCUGUGUGUUCAGAUUUGUGUUUUUGUUUGUUAAAUUAACUUUUGACGUCUGUUGUUGAAGCCAAUGUUUGGGCACACUACGAACGUCAAAGCCUGAGGCUUCGACAUUGGGGUGUUUUGUUGCGAGCAGUCGAGUGUGUCCCUGUGCAAAAUGUGAAUUGUUUUGUCGUUAAAGAUGGACUUGUACACCGAAUACAUAUUUUUGAAACUAU